CCAAAUUAAAAUUUCCAGAAAUGAGAGAGAAGAUUGCCUCUUGGUAUGACAAGUGUUUAGGGGCUGAGCUUUUUAAGGCCGUUCUAAUUUCCGGUGUGGUUCUCUACUUGGCCUCCAUUUUUCUCUUCAAAAACCCAAUUUGUUCACUUCCGGAAGGGGCACUGAUAUCGCCGGAGGCGGCGGCGGAGUUGAGCAGAAAAAAUGAAUCUCCGACCAACAUCAGCCACCUACUAUUCGGCCUCAUCGGCUCCGAGAAGGCAUGGCACUACAGGAAGGCCUACACGGAGUCAUGGUGGCGCCCCGGCGUGACCCGCGGGUACCUUUAUCUGGACGUGGCCCCCACCGGGGACCUCCUCCCUUGGUCGCCGUCUUCCCCGCCGUACAGAGUCUCGGACGAUAUAAACCAGAUGGUUCAAGAAACGAAGCACGCGGCCCCGAUUAUGGCGCGUAUGGUGCACGGGAUAAUGGAGGUGUUUAGGGAGAGACACGCGGGGGUGAGGUGGGUGGUGAUGGGAGACGAUGAUUCUGUGUUUUUCGUGGAGAAUAUGGUUGAUGUUUUGGCGCAAUAUGAUCAUACGAAGUAUUAUUACUUUGGGGGUCAAUCGGAGUUUGUGAUGUCCAAUUAUUGGUUCUCUUUUAACCAGGGGUUCGGCGGCGCCGGCUUUAUUCUCAGUUACCCUUUGGCCGAAGCUUUGUCUAACGACAUGGAUAGUUGCCUGAGGAGAUAUGCAGACGUCAUAUCUGCAGAUAAAAUUACCAUGCUUUGCAUAGCUGAUCUUGGAGUUAAUUUUUCCCCCUUGAAGGGGAUUCAUCAGAUUGAUUUACAAGGGGACUUGUCUGGAUUUUUGUCGUCCCAUCCCAAAUUUCCACUGCUAUCCCUUCAUCAUCUCGACACCGUAGAGCCCAUUUUUCCGGCAAUGGACAGAUUCCAAUCGGCGAGACAUUUUGUGAGAUCGGCGGACCACGACCAAACCCGAAUGUUGCAGCAGACCAUUUGCUAUCACCGACAAAGCAACUGGUCGGUUUCCGUGUCGUGGGGAUACUCAGUUCACAUUUACGAAAAGAUUCAUCACCGGAGUUACCUGCAAAUGCCGAUCGAAACGUUCAAGCCGUGGGCUAGGGAUCAGCAUCACCGGCCGCUUUACAUGUUCAACACUCGGCUCCCUUCUAAGGAUCCUUGCGAAGCGCCGCACGUUUUCUUCCUUAAAACGGUGAACAGAACCGAGGAAGAUGUGGUGGUUAUGACGUAUCUCCGGUCGUCGGAGAGAGGGUUGCCGGCGUGUUCGUUUAGUGGGAACCAUUCGGCUGCUUAUGUUUCGAGGAUUGAAGUUUAUUCGCCAUCGACAAAGCGUCCUGAGAUGGACAAAUGUGAAUGUUGUGACGUUAUUCAUUCAGAUGGUGAAGAAGGUUUAAAAGUCAAAUAUAGAAAUUGUUUGUUAACUGAGGUCAUUGCUUAAUCAACAAUCAAGCUGCAACUAUUUUUUCCUUCUCAAAUAGCCUUAUUUCAUCAAUCAUCACUGCAGUAUAUACAAUAAAUAAUGGGAUAAAUGUUUUGAAAAUUAUUUGA